AUGGAUGACGAUUUUACGUUUGGAGCUUCAGUCUGGGGUAUACCCAAUGAACCAACACGCCUCACAAAUAUCACAACAUCAUUUCCCUCACUUGAAUCUCCUGUGCUGCCAUCUCCUGCACCUUCUCAAGACCGACUAGACGACUACGAUGACUUUCAUACGCCACCGCAAACACACAACCCAUCUAUUGUGCAGGAUGAUGAUUUUGGUGACUUUGGAGAUUUCGGAGAGGCGGAGGACCUAGAGGGCAGCAGGAAUUUCGGACACGAUGCAGAUUUUGACCAGGGUGCAGAUUUUGGGGAUUUCACAGAAGAUGCUACGUUUCAUGAAGAGCCAAUACCGGGUCCAUCUCAUACCAUCUGGGAGCCGCUCAGAUUAAACCCCCUACCUUCCAGAGAAGACUUGGAGAGACAGAUCAACCGCAUCCUGGAUCCCGUAUGGAUUCGGGAUAUAUCUUUGUUAACCACAGAUGAAGAUAUCAGACAGGCAGAGGGUGUUAGCCAAAUAUUAGUCACACCUGAAAGUCGUGGUUUAUACACCAUGCUGAUGGAUUCGCCGCCUCUCAUGGAGCCCAUAAAUUGGACGCGCUCACGCAUUCGACAGCAACAUUUAAUCGCUCUUGGACUACCCGUGAACUUAGAUGAAAUACUUCCGCACGCAAGUGGCAAGCCCCUUCCCCCACUGCAUAUAUCAACGCGACCGAUGUCUGCACCCCCAGGGCCUCGCAACGGUCCGCUGCAUAGCACCCCUCCGUCUAGGACCAUUUCUCGUGCAGGGACACCUGUGAUGGUCACUCCUCAGCCGUCUACGCGGCCAGGACCCUCAACCGUAUCACAACUUGGUAUUGGACCCAAACCUCAGCUGGAUGAAAAGAAGGUAGAAGAAUUACUCAAGCUUGAUACAGAUCAAUUAACCCUCUUACCCUUGGCGAAACUUGAACGGUGUCUGGUAGAUAUCCGGACAGAGACAACUAAUGUCUCAUCUCUACUUACACACAUUUUGCAAACUCGCGACGCUCUCCAGCAGGACUCGGAGACAUACAACAAGCUGAUCGCAGAGCUGGUAAGUGAGGCGCAGAAGAAUAAUGGUCAAAGUCGGACAGGUGUCAAGCGUAGCGGUACUCUGCGUUAA